GAGUGAGUAUGGGAGAUAUAUUCAGGAAACAUGUGUUUGUAUUACCUGCCAUGUUAGGAUCUAUGAUAUUGCAGUGAAGCAAGCAUGGUGAAUAUUAGCAAACUUUAAGUUGACCUGUUAAAAAUAGAAACAUUUCGAAGUACUGGACUAUAGAUAAUUAGUUAUAGAAGCCAGGAAUUCCAAAUGCACUGAGGUGUCUUGCGUUGCAAAUGGUUUUGCUUCAUUUUUUGCUGGAUUAGCUUAAGAUCCAAACAAAUACCGUCUCGUUUCUCGCUCGAAAUUGUAUCCGACCCUUUGCACAGGUUAGCCAUGCACGCGCACCCGAGCGCAGAGUAGUGACGUAAAUCGAUUGUGACGUGGGUAGAAGAGCGGCCUAAGCUUCUCUGAAAAUUGAAACACGUUUGUUCUUGUGGCCGGGGUCGAGCGGAAGCGAUAUCCAGGAUUCGGGUAGAGUUCGCAAGCGCCGUGGUUUUACUCACACAGAUAAAGAAAGGUCGAUAGCCAGAUAUGGGCCUCUGGCUGCGCAUGAUACUUUAAACGAUUGUGGCCGACCUCGGCCUAAUAGUUCAUUCUGUCAAAAAACGAAUCAUUUCUUGAGGUUGGUUAUUGCAUAAGGUUAUGUCGCCCCAUAUGUCAAAUGCUUGUUAAAUACUUUGAGCGAUCGAGAGAACUUGGCAGAGUAGAGAAGGAGGCAGAGUGGCAAGGCGUGUUCGUUUUUAUCGAGCUAGUUUAACGAUCUCUAAGCGAUCGAUUCUUUUAAAUUUCAGGCAAUAAAUAUUUUAUAAGCAAGUUUAAGACUGUAAAGAAAGUAUGGGUGUAUUUCACGAAGGUUCAGUAUUGAACGGAACCUCCGUUGUACGAGACGCAGAAGGAACAAGCCAAUGUCUCGGUAACAAGCAUCGACCCGACAGAAGACAGAAACCUAUCAGACGAAGGAAUAUGAACACAAAGGAGGUCUGUCCCGAUGGGCCGGUGACGUCACUCCAAGAUGACGUCAUCAACUCUGAAGCCAACACGACGAAAGCUGUUUUAAACGAUCAGCUCGCCGGCGGCAGAAAAGACUGGCCUGCUUAUGAGACGACUAGUUCGUCGGAUGAAGCAAAUAACAAUUGCUAUUAUGAUAUGAAUCUUGCACAAAAGUGUCAUAAAAUGCUGCACCAACACGCCGGUAAAUCCAGUAGCAGUAAAGUGUUACUUUUUCCUGAGGAAGAAUGGGCUCGAAAUGCAUACGGGAUUCAAUGGGAAAUCAAAAUGAACCGAUGGUGGAAGCGUUAUUGUACAAUAACCGAACAUCGUGCCGGCGGGAGAGCAGCGGUUUCAGCAGUGGGUAAAAUCGUACAGAACCGAGACGGCACCCUUACUAUACUUGGACGCUUCAAGCGCAACAAGGACCCAGAUUUCCGCCUUCAUCUAUCUGGUCGUGUGACGAAAGACGAUUUUGAGCGCGGAUACCUGAUGACAGGAGCCUUGCAGCUCGGCGACCUGAAAGGUGAAGGUCGGCUUGAGAUCACGCAUUUUGCCGUCGUCCCAAGGCACCAACAGUCGAUAAUCAAUUGAAAGGGGCGAUUAAAACAUUGCAAAUUGCUGCCUCAAUUCAAUUCGUUUAACUGGGUUGAAGCAAGCAACGACAUUGUUGGAACGGAGUUUGGUAUUCGGUAAUUAAAUAUUUGCCAAGCGGCCAACAACAACCAAUGUUUCUUUCGGUUACGUAAUGGCUUUCCGCAAUUACUGUCUGAAUGAGUCAUGACGCAACCUGAUGACGUUAUUGGCUUCAAGAAAGAGACGUGUUUACCGGGAGCCGUUAAAACCGCGGCGGUCGAGCCCAAAAGUGAAAGAAUUCGAAUGACAUAGUUUCCACAAAUAACCUGGCUCGGUGCGUAAUACACAAGGCCUUUGUUUCAGCAAAACCACCCGACCACAAAAGAACUAAUUCAUUUGGACGUCUGCGGCUGAUACGGGUCUGAUUAAGCCGAUACGCUGGAUUAGCAUUUCGGGAAGCAGCGACGACAGGCAGAUCUGGUAUUCAAGCCGCGUAUUGGGAUUAACACGGCCCAUACGCGACUAUCUUUUGUUGUUUUCGGCUUUGUGGUAACUUCAUAUAUCAGGGCGUUGACGCGCACGUAGCUUACCCUUCAUGUUAUGAUCAAAUUUUAACGGUUUGUAAAAAAAUCGAUUUCUGCACGCGUGAUGACGUCACGAUCGUUACCUGAUGCCAGUCUGACAACUUUUGAUGAUCGACAUUCGGGAAGCAGGAAAGGGUUAGGCGCAUCACUGUCUUUUGCGUCACUCGACACUUACCCCAAUAGCCAAGGUCGCUACAAGCACUUCCUUUCCAACUGCAAAUGACGCGUAAAAUAUUUUAACCCGCAGUCCGGGCAGCGCCGAAACAUGUUUUCAAGUUUAAACUCUUAAUUUCCGAUUUUGACCCACCCUUCAGAUACAUUCCCAAUUCCAUCACGUUUUUGACCACUCUAAAGCUUUAUCAUGUGGUGGAUACAUUUAAUUGACCCAGAAUCGCUUUCAGAUUCUCAGUUUAACUUUUUAUGAGUUCCAGAUGCUGCUUGUAGUUAAUCGUUCGUACUGCAGUGUUGUAUUUCUGUUGUCACUUCCGUGUUUCUUGCGCCAGUGGGUAUUUCCAU